AGAGUGUGCGUGAGUGAGAGAGAUAGAGAGAGAGAUAGAGAGAGAGAGAGAGAGGGAGGGAGAGAGAGAGAGGCGAUUCAGAUAACGAGAUUCGCAACGACUGCAGAAACAAGUUCAAAAAGUAGUGUGAAGGUUGUUACGGCGAAAAACAGUGAGACCACAGAAACAGUCCAAAGGCUGGAUUACCUCAUUUCUGCUUAGAACUAGGGAGCGAGGAAACAAAGAAGGACUACGUUGUUGAGUUGUUGGCAAAGAGGCAAGGAUUUUCGCCGAUACAGCUCAGCGUCAACAACUCGUCAUUGUUAUCCGAAGUAUAUAUAUAUAUGUACUCGUGUAUAUUCAUCUAUAUAUCUAUAUAAAGACAUAAAAAUAAUACAUCUCUCAAAUCUGUGCCGUCACACCGCUGCGACAGUUACAUUAUUACCAAUAGCCAACAGCAGCAGGGGCGUUAACAAGUAAUAUUUCACCGUUACCACUAGGCACUCUCGCUUCUUCAAUUACUGGUGACGGUAUAUCGGCGUCCACUGCUCUCGAAGAACGGAUAAGCGGCUAAGCCGAGCGGCAACUGGCAGAGAAUCAGCUUGAAAGCGAAGGACAUUGUGCGCGAAAACGAACGCCAGAGGAAUCGUCGUUGUCGUUUUGACUCUGGAUUCUAUAAACAACAACAACAACAACAACCAAGAACAUCGGUGUUCAAUGAGAGAGUGAGUCACUUUGAGGUCGUCAAAAACUCGUGGUGCGAACAAUAUCAUCGCCCAACAAAGACGCUAAGUUACUAUCCUUGCUAUAGGUAGUUGGCUGAUUGUUGUGCGCUCUUCGCUACGUUGUGCUCAGAAUUGGUUUGUUGUUUUCUUCCCUUCGUAAUCGUAUGACACUCUUUGUCAUUGCACCGAUUUGGUUCGUCGGUGCGUUAUCGUAGAAGAGUUCUCGUUGUCAGUGCGCAAGUUCGUGUCCAGCUUUGCUGCUACCACUGCUGCUAUUACUACUGCUACUGCUACUGCUACUGCCUGCUGCUGCUGCUGCUGCUGCUCCUCUACAAACAGCGGCAAUAUGGGAAAUACUGCUGCCACGAAGAAGGGCGACCCCGCCGAGAACGGGGGGGCGCAACCGAAGCUGAGCAGGCAGACGUCUUCCAGUAACGCAAUCACAGGUCCCAGUGAUGAUAUGGGGAUGUCAAGGCUGAGCAUCGGCGGGGGUGAACUAGACCCAGUCGAACGCUUCCUUGAAGAGGCCAGACGACAGUUCGAGCAAAAAUGGACAAAUCCCAGCUCGAACACGGCGAUGCUGGACGAUUUCGAUCGGAUCAAGACACUUGGUACAGGAUCAUUCGGCCGCGUGAUGCUGGUAAAGCACAGGAACGCUGGCGAUUAUUUCGCCAUGAAGAUUCUCGAUAAACAGAAGGUGGUUAAGCUAAAACAGGUUGAGCACACUUUGAAUGAGAAGAAAAUUCUUCAAGCGGUCGAUUUCCCUUUCCUUGUCCGACUCGCGUAUCACUUCAAGGAUAAUUCGAACGUUUACAUGGUGUUAGAGUAUGUGAUGGGUGGCGAAAUGUUCUCGCAUCUCCGACGGGUGGGCCGAUUUAGUGAGCCGCAUGCUCGAUUCUACGCAGCUCAGAUCGUGCUCGCGUUCCAGUACCUGCAUUCGCUUGACCUCAUCUAUCGGGAUUUGAAGCCGGAGAAUCUGCUCAUUGACCAUCAGGGCUACAUUAAGGUAACCGAUUUCGGCUUUGCAAAGCGUGUGAAAGGCCGGACCUGGACACUGUGCGGCACACCCGAAUACCUCGCUCCUGAGAUCAUCUUGUCAAAAGGUUACAACAAAGCCGUCGAUUGGUGGGCACUGGGCGUUCUUGUUUACGAAAUGGCCGCUGGUUAUCCGCCAUUCUUCGCCGAUCAGCCGAUCCAGAUCUACGAAAAGAUCGUCUCCGGAAAAGUUCGAUUCCCGUCACAUUUUACGUCGGACUUGAAGGACCUUCUGCGGAACCUCCUGCAGGUCGAUCUAACUAAGCGUUAUGGUAACCUAAAGAACGGUGUGAAUGAUAUCAAAAAUCACCGUUGGUUCGCGCAGACUGAUUGGAUCGCCAUUUACCGGAAAGAGAUUGAGGCUCCCUUCCUCCCUCGAAGCGCAGGACCAGGCGACACGUCCAAUUUCGAUGAAUACGAAGAGGAACCGUUAAGGAUUUCCUCAACCGAGAAAUGUGCCAAGGAGUUCGCAGAUUUCUAAACAAACAAAACAAGAUGAUGUUAUUAUGGAGCUGAACGAUCAUCACCACAAACGAAUAGUUAACUACAAGAAUGAACUACUUCUAUUAGCACACUACGAAGAUUAUAAUAACAAUAAGUACAGGGACACCUUUAUAUCUACUAAUCUACAGUUACUGUCACUAACAGAGCUACAGCGAUGACGGAAAAAAAACAAAAGCAAUGAGCGAGCUGCAAUAGCUUUUGGAUGAGCAACAUUACUACACUGAGAAGGAUGAUCCUGAUCAUUCUGGAAUAGAUAAGUCUAAUGUUAAUGAUGACAGUGCAAUGGUGAGAAUUUGAUUUCCCACAGUCUGAUGGAAGGAAGAAUGAAUGGACAAAAAUCAUUUUUGGGUGUAACAAACAAAUCAUGCAAACAAUGUUGAUGGUACGCGUGGACCGAGAAUUGCGUGAAAUCAGAUGAUGGAUGCGCUUGCGCGCAAAAUGUUGCUUACGAAAAAGUGUAAUGGCAACGGACGCAUAGAACAGAAGUAAUGACAAAGUUAUAAGGUCGAUGUUAAUUAUCCUAGCAAAAAGAGACGUACACACUCUCAACAACAGCAACAACAACAGCAAAAAGCGUAAGCAAGGACCUGAGCCCUCGGAAAGUGGAUUUCGGGUGAACAUCACUUGCCGGGCCUACUACGUCCACUUCUUGGCCAGCAUCGAGUCGACCUCUGACAAUUUUGUAUGGGAAAAAGGCACCCCACAGGCCUUGGUUGGAGAAAAAGGAAGAACGGUCAACGGCGAAGGUAGUUCAGUUAAGUGUCAAAACAUUUCAAAGGCAUUAUCAACUUCGGCGUCAAUUCGUCCAUACCUGACAAACGUAGUGAGCUCGAACAUUGCAAGUUUGCAAUCAGCGAGCUAUCGAGCAAUAAACCCAGAAUUAGGCUCUGAAAAAACGGAACCCAACCGGUCAUACGAAAGCGUCCGGGCCAUCGCUACCAUUUUUCCUAAGACAACAGCGUGAUGAAGUUGACGACACUAGUUACUGUAUUUUAGUUACAUGACAGACAAACAGAAGCUGUAUAAUAUAGAGUAGGGAGAAAUCCGCCGUCAGUGAAGCAACUGGAAGGCGGCAGGCAGACAAGCAAGCAUAAUCAACUAGUCGUGCAGUCGGUAAAAUAAUGAAUAUGACAACAGGACAGUUAAUAGCGCAGGGUCAACAAAUAAUAAAAAAGGACGACCUCUGUGUCAAAUGUUGAGUAUACCGAUGUUGGUGGUGAUGAUCACUGAUUGAGCCGACCCCCCAUGAGCCAUAAGUUGAGCCCUCCGAUCGCGCUGGGGCCAAGCGAAUUGUAUCCCGUUACGCGGACGGCGUGUGACAGGCAAACGUCAGCGCCGUUCUGCUAGCGCACUACUAACUAGUGUAUAGAUGAGUAUAUAAUGUUAAUGUAAUUUUGAUGAUAAAGCCUGCUCUACUAAUUUGGCGUCGCCCCGCGUUUUUGUGUUUUGAACGAACGGAAAGAAAGAACGAAAGAAAGAGCAACAGGGAAUGAUGACAGCAUCAAGAACAAUAACAACACAGGCACAAAUGGAUAAUAUCGUUACUGAUACUACCUUUAUUUCAACACUCUUCUGGUUUAGAAAGAGGGGAGCAAAGGAUAGAGGAAGGGGCAUCUAUGUUAUUGUGGCCGCUAUUAGCGGCAAGGCGUUCACUGCCACACGGCCCCGUCAUACGAAAACAAGGGAGUCAUCAUUUCGUUAUGAUGGCGGCGACUGAGAACGGACGCGACUUCACACUAUUUAAGAAACUGUUAUGAGAGAUUUAUUCAUAUUGAUAGAAAUAAAAAAACACAACGGAAUAUUAAUACCCGUAAUAAUGAUACCAGCGUCUCACGCGAAACGCAAGCGUGUAGUAUAAUGACGAUUAUGAGAAGCAGAGCGGAACGAGAAAUCGCAAAAAGCAACAAAUUACGGAAAUCACGAUAAGGGAUAAGCACAACUGACUAGCUAAUGAUCUAUACAGAGAGAAAAAAAAAAAACACACAAACACACACACAUACACCAACAAAAACAAGGAAAAUUUAAUAUAUAAUAAAAAUAUAUAUAGAAGAGUUAUAUAUAUAAAUAUGAAUAUAUAGAUAGACAAAGUCGCCGUGAGGAACAUUACAGGGGAUUGCUACGAAGUGCUACCGCCAGAGGGGGUGGUGGCAUAGCAAGAAACUGAAAUAACGAUCGAAUGAAGAAGAACACGGACGUGAUCAGAAAGAAUGUUUAGGUUUAUGGAAACGACAUUCGGGGUUCGCCCAUGGGCCAAUACUAUCAUUGUAGCUCCAUUAGAAAUUUUUGUCAAAAUUCUGAGGCACUGCGAUAGAUUGACCAGUUACCAAUAUUCACACAUCACGGAUACACAUCGCUUCCUCUGUCGUAACUUGCCGAAGAGAGAAUAUCGUUUACGGCAAAUAGACGCUAAAGGUAAUGAAGGGACUCAAAAUCCACUUGUCUCAGAAGACCGAGGUUAGCACCGAGACAACCAACGUGUGCAAGGAAGAUCGCAAAGAACAAUAUACCGACUAAUGGCGUGCUCUGAUAGCACUUAUAUAUGCGUGAAUAUUCAAUAUAUAUAUAUAUAUAUAUAUAUAUAUAUAUAACUGUAUAAUUAGCAUGCCGCCUAGCGGUUCGUGACCUAGUCCACAUUCGGCUCUUCUGAUCAGUUUACUACAGAGCGGUACUGAGUACGUAAUAUAUGCGUUAGCAGAUGAUGCUCGUCCACCAAAAAUAAAUGAUGCGGCGAGAAUUGCGGCGAAAAGAUAUCUUGUGAGCAGACUGGUGGAGAUAAUCAUCUACAGUACAUGUAUCUGCACCGACCUACCUGAAAUUCCAGUAACUAGCCCAUCAAAUGUAAUCCGAUGGACUUCAACUUUGUUAACAAGACUCGGCGGCAAACGUCUGUAAGGUUUCACACAAUUAUACAGUGCUUCGCCUAUAGCAAUAUCGGGCGCAUUGGCCGGUCGGCCAGUCAGUCAUCCACCCAUCAUACUGCAUAACAUGCCAUCAUCCCCCCAAAAAACAUUUCGACAACUCGUCUAACCUGGUUGAUGCUACCCAUCCCCCCGAGUCAUCCUUAGGUAGUGAAACUGUUGCCAUGUGGGGAGAGUCACUAAUUCUAAGCGUCUCUUUCCUUAAAUGUUUAUUUAGACCAUGAUAAUUAUAAUGCGCAUUAGAAAGCACACAAAGGAAAGGGUGAAGACAAAACAACUUAUACAAUACUUAUUAUUAUUAUGUUGACAACAGAGAGCGAAAGCAGAGAGAGAGAGAGAGAGAGAGAGAGAGAGAGUACGUGGGCGAAAGCGAGAAACAGAUGAGAUAGAAAGAAGGGAAACGGCAGAGAGCAAGCGAUAAUAAUAAUAACAAUAAGAAGAGGAAAGGAUAAUUAAUAUAAGAAAAUAAAAAAGAAAAACAACAACUUCAUGACAUGAGCCCAUACAAUGCAACGUACGUGGCUGGUAAAUCGAAAAUAAAAUGGUUAGAAGCGAGGAUUCUAGUAACUCCCCGAUGAAAAGAAACUAAAAGUUCACUUAUUUUUGCUGCUUUCAUUCUACAAUCUAGUCAGAGUGUUUGUCGUAUCGUAGACAUGUUCGUUCUAAUCAGUAACUGACUUCAAUAAUAAGCACUUUCCCAUAUGCAGGAUCUAAAUACAUAUAAGCAAUAACAACCGUACUUUUUGCCGUAUUUGUAUUCUCUUCAUAAUUGCAUUAUACAACAAAAACCUAAUACGAGCGUAGAUAAGUUUAGACAGGAGCUAAAAAAAAUAUUAAUGCAGCUCGUAUAUAGUACCCCAAAUCUUGCCAAGAGUUUCAUCAUAAUUUUGCUCUAAAUUUGCAAAAAAGUGCAAGUAGGUCCGUCUUGACUUCUAAAAAACAUUUUUGAGGUUCAGUUAGGUAACUAUAUACAGGAAGGACAAUUUAUUCGUUACCUAAACGCAAGUCUGAAAUGCAAUUUACAAUCCCACAGUAGGAUUCUAACAAACACCUCCAUGCUCCCUGACAAAGUAUGGUAGUAUCUUUUUUCUAAUUGCUUUGAGGUGAUGCAUCCUUGUCGUCAAACGAAGCACAGACACACGUCACAGACGAACUAAUGUGGAAAUAGCGGUAUGAUGAAUCAUCUGAACAAACAAAAACAACCACUAUAUAACAACAUGUAACAAGCGAUACAAGUAACACAGAUCAUGCAAUAUUUGCGUUUGUCAAGGAAAUGGACGCGACUUUUAGUCCACCUACUAGCGAUCUUUAUCGGCAAGGACAUUACACGAGACCCUAAAACUAAUGUAUCUCUAUAUAUACUGGGCUCGCUGCGUUCUCCUUGUAGGAUCAAAAGGUUCAACAGCAUGUAAGCAGAUCGUCGUUAUUAGAAUUACAGAACCUAAAGACAUACGAGCAAGAGGUGCAAAAUAGCAUUCCUUAUUUCGGGUGAGACGAUCUAUAUUUGCAUUGUCCGAUAUGGCGACGCUGCUGUUCUCCCAUAAUGUAGCUAACGCCCACAGGGAAAUUCGAUUCUACCCAGUGGAAAACAGUGCAGUCAACACUUCAUCAUGGUGGAAAUUUUGGAUGCACAAUUCUACGGCCCAAAUGUGAACGUAUAAUGCGUCGCUGAAAAAACCGGAGAGUCCGUUGUUCCCGUGAUGGUGCAGUGAAGAAAGAUUUGUUUCAUGUUGGGGAGAGCUGUCAGCCGUCUAAGGCAAUAGUUAACGGCGCCAAAUUUGAGACACUCAUUCCGUUGCCGAAAUCAUGGCGGUGAGCGACCGGCGUAAGUUUAUCAGUUUUGUUGAGAACCUUCGCUUGAGACCUCAGAUCAGUGUUCAGAGCAACAGAUAGAAAGUGGGUGGCAAAUAGGCGAGCACUUUUCUAUCUAAUGCCAAACGUUACAUAAUGGACACGAGCAUGACAAGCAAACCGAUACGACAAAAAGGAUGCUGAAAAUAAAUAUUUACCCCAUUUAAUAAAGAUUCACGCAUGUAUCGACUCCAUUCAAAAAGUAAAAGUGAGGGAUUAAGCUAUGUAACAAGCAAAACUCACAUAGGGAUGAGGAAUUAAGCGGGCCAUUGAAGGUUAAGCAAGUAGAUCGAGACAACAUGACGGGCAAAAAUAUAGUAAUAAUAUAACAAUGAUGAGAGCGCUAGGAUACAAACCGAAACAUUUAUACAACGACACAAGGCAGAGAAAGAUAUAGGAAAGGCACAGACAAGAUUUAAAGAACAUCUAAGUUCGCUGAGCGGAGACACACGUCGGACGAGGACGCCGUUUGGCCACCUGUCAGAUAAAACAUGAUAAGUGAUUAUGCCGAUAUUGACUCGUAUGUUGAAUCGGGAAUUCUCUCGAAUAUAUGCAACGCAAAGUAUGAUGUUGAUGCUAUUACUGUAUAAUUAUUAUAUAAUUAACAAAAAAAUUAACAAGGGAAACAGAUUGUAGAAUUUCCGAAAGCGUAACGAAGGAAAACCACAUGAGUUAAAAUAUCGCAUAUACAACAUCAUCGAAGAAAUAUACUCAUAGAGAAUAAUUAACCAGAUGGCCGAUACGUCAUGAGUAACAGUAACAAUAUAAAAAGUAAGUGAAUGAGGGAGAUUAUUUGUACAUUGUUAAAUGAAAAAACCAGUAGAAUAACAUUGAUAUUGACGAUGGUGUUGCAUUAUUUUUUAAAUUAAUUCCGAAUUAUUUCGAAGAAUAGCGAUUAUUACGGGUAAAACGGAAGAAAACUUCUGCGGUAAACGGUAGACGAGCAAAUGAGUUCCCUAUUCGAACAGAUAGAGUAUUUCCGAUUGUUAUUAUAUUACUAUGGCUGAUAGACAUCGCGAUAUUUCUCGUAAGGAAAGCGAACUUGAGAACAGCUGCGCAGAUAUUUUACGAUCGAUGGUAGAGUUAAAGCUAGCUUAUUGUUGCUAAUCAUCAUUAUUGCUAUAAUGUUGCAAGUAUUAGUAUUACUAAAAUGAUAUGGAGCUACUUCAAACAGAUAAGAGAGUUGAACGAUCAUUUGAGAGAUGCGAUAUACAAAGAUACAUACAGAAAUGCGUAUAGUACGAAAAGGUACUGAUGAUAUUUCUCUCAGUGUAAUUCGUUUAGCGAGCUGAGAAAACGUAGAACCGAGGUUAGAUAUGGACAGGUGUAAAAUUAUUGUCAAAACGUGUUUCGCCGGCCUAGGGCAUAGGAGCAAAUACGAUUCACAAGAUGCGACAGUUUAAUAAAACGAUGGAAAGAACAAAGUGAAAAUUGACGGUAACAAAUGGAGCUCCUUCGUAAUACAUAUAACUAUCGCGCAGUUUAUCGAUAGUCUUCAACCCCUCGUCCGUCCCCCACGCCGCCCGAAAAUCAACGAGUUGUCUAGCCUCGAACGCUUGCUUUAUAACGGAUUAGUAAUGGCAAUGUUGCAGUCUGCAAUAGAAAAGGAAGACUAAUAUUAUCCAUAAAGCAAGUCAAUAAAGCAUCUAACACCGCUUCCAUAGAACGAAAUCUAAAUAAUGACGUAUUGUGUACGUAUGCAGUCGUUACGAAGUCUGCGUUCAAAAAAGACCGGGUGCGACUGUUAGCUAAGUCAACAGUGGAACAGCGCUUAAUUCGAAUUUAGCUCCUGCGGAAUUUUUCUCCUCCUCCUCCUCCUCCUCCUCCUCCUCAUCCUCCUCCUCCUCCUCCUCCUCCUCCUCUUGAUUACAGCCAUGUCUAGCAGUAGAUUAGAGUAAUAUCCAACGGGGUCGAAUCACGUUUGUCGUUAUUCAUGUCUCUUUUAUUUUUGAUUUCAAUUUUAUUGAAUAUCCAGCCUAGCUCGGCUAGCGUUUGGUUAGACCGAGCGAUCUAAUGGAUCCAGAUGCAUGCGAUUAGUACGGGACGAGUUAAGAAGUUUCCCCCCUAGACGUGUCAUAAUAAUGCUAUCACAGGACGAUCUGUCAUGGUAGUCUUCAUCGAGCUAAAUUUCUCUUGUCUAGUGUUUCUGCUAAUGAAAAAAGCCGCAGUUAGUGUAACAGCAUAUUGGGUGCAACAGGUUCCACCUGCUGUUACGUAACAUGCAGAGCCAUUACAUUCAUUAAAAUAAAGCAUUUGGACAGAGAGAGAAAAAUUAGAGAAGGCGGUAAAGAAGACGUUAUACAUACGUCCGAUGCUUCCGAAAAUGAAUUCCGAAGCAACUAACGAACUGGUAGUAGUGAUAAGAUAUACACGCAACGAUGCCGAAUGGCGAUGCGCUUGAAGGUAUCUAGGGGUCAACAGUGCUAUUUCAUUCUCAGGCAUCGCAAACAAUGAAGGGGCGUGACCGUGAACGAAGGCGUUUCCGAAAACGUGAAUUAAUUAUAUCAGCGACAAUAGCAGCAUAACAAACUGAUAGACACAACAAAAAAAAAAUGAUCAGUAUAUAUCGUAGCGUUUCAUAGACUGAAAUUUGCUUGCUUACGAACCAUGCCAAAGGCUAUUGCUUUACAAGAACCACUGCGUAUGGCGCUAACACACACCACGUAAAGGCGAUGAGUUCACUACGAUACAUACAGUAUGUAACACUAGUGGUAACGUGACGUCUCCGUAAUAACUGGUGUGUGAACAGGGAAAGAAUGAUUGUCCAUAGACUAUAAAACCGGAAUAAUGUCGACAGUAACUCUAAUUAUACUUACCACAACAACCCUACGAUAACAAAUAGAACAUUAACAAAAUAUAUAGAAAAAGAGAGAAUGGUGAUAUCUGUGAACCUGUAUUUGCAUCUAUUCUACGUAUGUCUGAUAGCUGAUGUUGACAUGUUGCGAGUGCGCCCGCCCAAAGUGCAGCAGUUAGUGUAUGUAUGCUCUAGUGAACUUACAAAUACAUACACGCACGAUAUGGUCGCCCCGAUUAUAUAUGUCUCAGUCUUGUUGGAUUUGAUGUAAAAUUACGUGGUUAGUGUUGGAAGAAGCAGCCUGUGUUCCAUGCUAAUAAACAUGAUAGGAGUGAUAGUAUAAUACAGAGAGAAAGAAAACAGGACAGCAUGCGCUCGUAGGCUAUCUGUUAUGGCUAGAGGGGCAAUGUUGCCCUACGUCGUGUCGCCUAACGUCACCUAUGCCAUCAACACAUCAGUAUCAUCACACUACAUAAAUGGCGUUCAAACAGACACAAAGAAAAAGCUUCAUCUCAUCAUGCUACAGUCGUGAGGCCCGUUGGGUAAGGUAGAUACUUAGCAUGUUUCGCUAGCAGAAAAUGGCCAUUCGUUUUCCAACACGCGUCCGAUAGCCGUUGCAAUGCACGAUACGGAAUAAUACUGGUCUGCAGGACAGCGAUCUGGAACAGAGUUAGCUGAUCCAGACAUUUUCAAGACGGGAGGAAAGUAGGCGUAUGGUCAGAGCUAUGUGUUGGAAGGCGAGGAAGCGCGCGUGUCAAAAAACGUUCAAGUACGAGAGCGGAUAAGUUUUUCCAUGGACGUAAGUUAUAAGUUACUGUUCAGAUUCUGGCUACCGCAGACAGGUUGGCGUCUUCAUCAUCGUUGACAUCGAACCAGAAACGAGUAAAAAAGGCCACUGAAAAUAACGGAAAUUUCAAUACAAACUAAUUUAAAAGGCGAAACAUUUAGAUUUCUAUACGGGGCACCAUAGUAAGGGACGGUCCUAAUAAUAAUAAUAAUAAUAACGCGGAUGAUAAUAAACGAUAGGGAAGAACGGUCCAAACACAACUAACAGCAAUGUUCAUCACAGUAACUGUACAUAUUUCGGUUGCGUAAUAAUAGCAAAGAAGAAAGAUAGCAUCAGGAAGAAAGCGAUAAAGCUAACUAAAUAAAGCAGCUCAAGGAUUGCCUUGUAGCAGCAUGUGAGAUCGAAAGCGUGCCGAAUUCUAUAAUGAUACGGUUAUCGACAAAUGAGACGACACGGAUUAUGUAGCCAUUAUGCUUAAAAACGUAAACCAGUGACGACCCGUGUGACAUGUUGCAUAAAAACAGCAAUUCAAAUAUAUCUACAAGCGGCUGAAAUGUAAUUUUGACAAAAAAAUGGUAAACAGUAAUGACCAAUUAGUUCACUGAACAUCAAUGAUAAUAAAGCAGAAACUGUUAUUGCUACUCAUAACUGAUUUCUAUAUUCAGCCUUUACCAUAGCGUUUAUAAGGGGCUCAGUAGUAUUAAGUGGGCUUGAUUUUUCUGGGCCCUUGAACUAUUACAAUUGUUUGUCUUAAAUAUCUCUUAAAUGAGUGAUAGCGUUGCCCCGACAAGACUAACCGCGCCAAAAUACAUGCUCAGACGUAGGGUGCAGUGAACGGUACGUAUCGGACAGCUUUACGUACAACAACAAGCGACCGAAUAUCUCGUAAUAGCUCCUUUGAGGUAAAGGAUGUCUGCCCCAAAUCUGUAAAAGUUGGCCUAGUUUAAUUGCGUUACAUCGGCUUAGCUUCUCGCUAUGUCGUAUUAUGGAAGCCUAGCGACAAGCCAAAAGACAGUUGAUACCUAAAAAAGGUGUUUCCUGUCGACCCGAAAUGCCGCUGGCACGUUUGCAAAAUGUGUUUUUAUCUCUGAUGCAAUAACAGAGGUCCAUCGUUAUUGUUGCUAGCGCUUUAGAUGGGCGAGCCUCGUAGCAUUAUGAUGCGUGAAAAAGAGAUGCUUUUUUUCUCAUGUUUUAUUUUAGCACAUACUACAAUAUAUCGUAGCAUUAAAAAUAUCACGAGAAAUAACUGUGUUCGUUAUUACGUGUUUGAUACAGCUUCAAUUUACGAUGGGCAAAUCACUCACUAUAUGUACCGUUAAUUGUCAAACAUGAACGAAUCGAUACUUCGCCUAAUAUAGUUAAUGAGGAAUAUGCCUGAAGACUAUGAGCGUUUUAGGAGCGCAGACGAUGCUGAGUUGAAACGAACGUCUCGGCGGCACGCAGUAAACGACAGUGCACGACAAACAAUCUGGAAAAGGUCGCGUUGUAUACACAUGCACAAAUGCACGUACCGAGAAUAUCACAGCAACGGCAAACAAUACACGGGUGCAAAUCCACACUCUUGCCUACUGCUAUAGUAAUAUUCAUAUACACGAAUGAUACAAAGGGUCUGGAACAGCAUAAAUGAUAUUUAAAAUACAAUAAAAAUGACGCGAUCGAUAGUAACAAUACAAUUAGAUAUUUGAAUUAUAAACAAAGAAAAUGUGAGGAUGAGUAGGGCAGAUGAAAACAACACAGAUAGGAUAAGAUUUGUUAUUACAAUAUGAGCGUUAGGAAUUGUUUUAAUGAUAAUUACAUAUAUUAAUUUAACAAAGAAAACCUAGAAAGUGGAGCUAGACGCAGGCGAAACAACAAACUGCUGCUGGUGCUGCUGCUGCUGGUGGUUGAUAAUUAACAACGAUAGUAACAAUAACACUAAUUAUAACGACAAGAAAAAUAGAGGUCAAACAGAGACUGCGACAAUAUGAGCGGUCACAACGAUUGUUAUAAUAAUAACAACGACGACAAUACUAAAAAGAGCUAAUAACAAGGCCACCAAUAGGUGAGGAAAACAAUUUCUUUAGGUGGGGGAACAAAAGAUCGGGAACUGUAUUGAGAUAAUUAUUCAUCUGUGAAUAGUAGACGACGGCGGAGCGUCGGGGUCAGAAGAUCACUAGAUAAAUAUAAAAAAAAAAAAAAAAAAAACUGCUAC